UGAAUAGGUUUCACCUCAAGUAGCUACAGCUCAUUUUCAACUUGUUUUACCAUGUGAUCAUCGUUUUGGUAUUGAUUCAAUUCCAAUAGAAAUUUGUUCAAUUCUUCUUGAAAAUUCAUAUUAUGGUUUAAGAAAACCACCAGAUCAAUCUCGUUCAUCAUUAUUGUAUGUUACUGACUUAUAUAUUAUGGCUAUUCUACAUGGUUUUUCUCUUGGUGGACAUAUGGCUUCAUUAGCAUUUACAAAAUGGCCUGAUCUUCCUUGUCGACAAUUCUAUGAAAAUAUAGCCUCUCAAACAUUUUAUGAUUAUUUACGUGAACGAAAUUGA